ACCCAAAUCCAAGGGAAAUUGCCCUCUAACAUCCUCCAUUUACCCAAUCUCCAAGAGAUAGAUUUGUCACAGAAUGAAAACCUCAGAGGUGAACUUCCAACGUCCAACUGGACUAUUCCACUAAGAGUUUUGUCUCUCUUUGAUACUGCUUUCUCAGGAUACCUUUCCUAUUCCAUAGCCUACUUGAAGUCUCUUCACACACUAGAUCUUUCCGGUUGCAAUUUUGAUGGAUUUCUUCCACCAUCAUUGUCUAAUCUUACUCAACUUUCUCUCUUGGAUUUAUCAUAUAAUCAGUUGAAGGGAUCAAUACCACAAUCUUUGGCUCGCUGUACAACACUUGAAGUUUUGGACCUUGGAAACAAUAACAUAGAGGAUCUGUUUCCCUAUUCGUUAGAAACUUUACCAAAUUUACAGGUCCUCAGUUUACGGUCAAAUAAAUUUCAUGGUAUCAUCACUUCUUCGGACACCAAACUUCCAUUUCCCAAGUUAAGGAUUUUUGACAUAUCCUAUAACUAUUUUACCGGAAUCCUGCCAGUGUCAUACGUCCACAACUUUCAAGGAAUGGUGAAUGUCAAUGACAACCAAACUGGUUUGAAAUAUUUGGAUAAGAAGAUAUUUACCAUUUUCACAAUCAUUGAUUUAUCAAACAAUAUGUUUGAAGGAGAAAUUCCGAAAGCCAUUGGAGAUUUGCAUUAUCUGCAAGGGCUUAACCUUUCACACAAUAAAAUCAUUGGUAUCAUUCCAUUGUCAUUGGGUAGUUUAAACAAUUUAUACUGGUUGGACCUCUCAUGGAACCAGUUGACGGGUGAGAUUCCCAUGUCACUAGGUAAUUUAAGCAAUUUGGAAUUGUUAGAUCUCUCAUGGAACCAGUUGAAGGGUGAGAUUCCCAUGUCACUAAGUAAUUUAAGCUAUUUGCAAUUUUUAGAUCUCUCAUGGAACCAGUUUGAAGGAGUGAUACCUACAUGUACACAGUUUGCUACAUUUUCAAAUGAUUCAUAUGCUGGAAAUUUAAAGUUGUGUGGAAUCCCUUUGUCAAAUGCCUGCAACGAGGAUAACAAAAGGCUACCAAAUUCAACACUUGGCAAAGAAAAAUCAAGAUUUGGGUGGAAACCCGUUGUAACCGGAUAUGUCUGUGGGAUGAUCUAUGGAAUAGCAUUGGCUUAUAAUGCAUUCUUCAUUAGAAAACCCCAAUGGCUUAUAAGACUUGUUAACGUUGUGUUAAAUGUGAAACUGAUAAAAACAAACAACAGAAACCGUGUAACUAGAUGA